UGUUUUCAGUUCACAGUCUGCUGUCUGUCAAAUCACAUCACAUUUUAUACACAAAAAAUCAAGAAUGAAUUUUAAGUCUGCUAUAUAUUCGGUUUUUACUUUCUUUUAUGGUUAUAUACAAAUCACAGCCGAAUAUUGGAAAUCAAUAGCAUGUGCACUAUUUAAUAAUAUUGGCGGUGCAGAUAUACCGAGUUCAUCUCAUGAAAACAUUGAAACAUCCAAACAAAUGAAAGGAUGGAAAAUUGACGAGUAUGACGGAAUUGCUGCGCUACAAUUUAGCGAUCAGCUAAAAAUGCCAGCAAUAACAUCCGCGAAUGAUGUGCUUAUUGAAGUUUAUAGUACAUCUGUUAAUCCCAUCGAUCAACUUAUGAUAGAGGGCUAUGGAGCUAAUGUAAUGAAUACUCUUAGAUGGAUAAGUAAAAUUAAGGAAUUCCCAUUAAUUUCCGGAAGAGAGUUUUGUGGCGUUGUAAAGGAAAAGGGAAAGUCAGUGCGUGACGAUAUUCAAAUAGGAAGUAAAGUGUGGGGUCUUGUGCCAGCGCAUAUGCCAGGGUCACUUGCCGAAUAUGUUGUGGUUAACCAAAAUACUAUAACUCUUAAACCUGAAGGCAUUAGUGAUAUUGAAGCUGCUGGUGUUCUUUAUGCUGGUCUUACUGCUUGGUCAAGUUUGUUCAUUUCCGGUCUGGCUGGUGGCGUUCAAGGAGCAAAGACAUCAAAAGGUGGCGGAAGAGGAUUGCGUUUAUGUAUUUUGGGGGCAUCUGGAGGUGUGGGCACGAUUGCUGUCCAAAUGGCAAAAGCAGAAGGAAUGAUAGUUACAGCAACAUGCAGCACAAAUUCGGUUCAAACCGUGAAAGAUCUAGGAGCCGAUUAUGUAAUCGAUUACAGAACGGAAGAUCUUAAUAAAGCAUUCCGCGGCUUGAGCUUUGAUAUAAUUCUUGAUGCGGCUGGUCAGGGUCCAGAAUAUGCAAGAACGCUUCCAUGGAAAUUUGAACAAUACAUAACGUUAACGCCGCCACUUCUUAAUAAUACUGACACGAACGGCGUUAUUAUUGGAUCGAUAAAAAGCGCUAUAACUUUAUUACAAAGCAAUAUCCAAACUGUUUUCGGUUACGGUGGCCUACUGAAAUGGGGUUUCUUUGUACCGGCAUCGCAGGGCAUCCAAUAUUUUAAAAGAUUAGUCGAAAGCGGUAAACUAAAACCGGUCAUUGAUUCUACAUUUGAAUUCAAUUCAACCAAGGAAGCUUUUGAAAAAGUCGCCAGAGGACAUUUAAGAGGAAAGGUUUUAGUAAAAGUCAAGCAACAAUAAAAAACAGAUGUACUCACGAUCACAAAACAUAAAACCAUCAACAACAAAACAAAUUGUUAAACUCUUAUCAGUAAUUAGUUUAGUUGUUAGACUUUUGUGUGAUAUUAAAAGCCAUGUGCGAACUUUUUUUUGUAAUUUCAUAUUUAAACUCAUACAAAGUAAACUACGUUUUGAAAAUACGAAAAUUAUAUUUGUACAGUGAUAAUCUCUAUUUGCUCCAUAAAAUGUAAUUUGUCUAAAUAAAUUGGUUUAUUGAGUUAUUGAUAAUUUUGA